CAAUGUAAAUCCUCCAUUAACAUUGGAGCAAUCAAGAUGGUGGUUUAAUUUGCGUCGUCAUACGUCAUCAACAAUUUGAGAUCUUAUCUCGCGGAAAAAUGCGAAUCAACGGUUUGAUAAGACGAAAAAAUCAUUGAUAUAUUUAGAAUGAUAGAUAUUUGUACAAUGUUAAAAAUUUCGCUCAUUUCGUAAAUUUUAUAUUCUAACCUAUAUACUACCACCAUAUUGAGUAUUUUUUCAAGUAUUUUAAGAAAAUUGCAGAUUAAAUUAUGUAAAAGUACGACAUAUCGUUAUGCCGAUAUAAAAGAAUUUCAUAGUAAUAAAUAAAUAAAAUAUGGAAUCAAACGAGGGAAAUAGACUUCCAAACGGAGACAUCCAGGUACACAGAGAUGUCGAUUGGGCUAGAUAUGGUUUGCGUGAUCCAGAAAUGCAAAGAAACGCGAAAAGAAAUAACGGAGACAACAACGAUGCAUUUGAUCCUGAAAUGUAUCAGGCUGGAGCAAAUGAAUUAUUCGCACAAGAAUAUAGUUCAGAUCCUUGGUGGAAAUCGAAUUUCUUCAUCUCUCAACCUGUAUUAUUUGGUACUUGGGAUGGGGUUUUUACAUCUUGUCUUAUUAAUAUAUUUGGAGUAAUUGUAUUUUUGAGAUCCGGUUGGAUAGUUGGUCAAGCAGGUGUUUUGAACGCAGUAUUAAUCAUCUUUUGUACAGCGAGUAUUGCAUUUGUGACAGUAUUGUCAGCUGUAGGAAUAUGCGAACGAUGUAGAGUUGAAAGCGGUGGAGUUUACUUUUUAUUAUCGCAUGUAUUGGGUUCUAGAUUUGGUGGUUCUAUUGGAUUACUUUAUUGUUUUGGACAGGCGGUAGGUUGUGCUCUAAACGUUUUAGGUUUUGGGGAAUCAAUGGCUGGCCUUGUAAAUUUGGAAUCGACAUGGGCACAACGAGGUUUUGCAUGUGCAGCAGUUGUACUGUUAUCUGUAAUUAACGUUGCAGGUGUUAAAUGGGUUGUAAAAUUGCAAUUUAUUCUUCUUCUAAUCCUACUCUUUGCUGGAGUUGAUUUUAUGGUUGGAAGUUUCACCCAUACCAACAUCGGUUCUGGUUUUGAAGGCUGGUUAUCAGGGAAUUUGAAAAACAACACUUUCCCCAAUUACCAAGAUGGAUAUAAUUCGUUUACCGUGUUUGGUGUGUUCUUUCCAACAGUCACUGGUGUCUUGGCUGGAAUUAACAUGAGUGGAGAUUUGAGACAUCCAUCUAGCGAUAUCCCCAAUGGUACUUUGGCAGCAUUAGGAACUGGAACAGUUUUGUAUCUAUGUUUUUCACUGACUCUUGCGGCAACUUGCACCAGAAAUGCUUUACUCACAAACUUUACAAUAGCAUCUACAGUAUCAGCAAUUUCGGUGCUGCUACUCGCUGGUCUCUACGUAUCGUCGUUCAGCAGCUGUUUGGGUGCUAUGUAUGGCACACCGCGCGUUCUUCAGUCUAUCGCCAGUCAAAAUGUCAUACCAGGAAUGAGAUGUUUGCAGAGAGGGAGAGGACCAAAUAAAGUACCUAUAUAUGCUAUGCUGGUUGUUGCUGUGGUGACGUUGACUUUCAUCAUUACCGGGCAGAUUAAUACACUCGCACCAAUCGUAACAAUGCCUUUCUUAUUGACGUACGCGUGCUUAGAUUACGCGUAUUUCGCUCUCGCACAAACAUUUGAUCUUCGACAUACACGUGAACAAAGAUUUCGUACACAAUCUCCAACAUUUGAUCGCAACUACGGUUCCGCAAGUAGAAAUAAUUCGAUAACAGAUACGGAUAAUGAUUUAGACAGCUUAUUUCCCGAGAGAAUAAGACAUAAUAAUCUUGUGAGAAAUAACAGCGUUUCUGAUAAUAACGUAUAUGUGGAUUCGUCACCGAGCAUUGAAGAUAAUGCUAGCGCUAUCAGUACAUCGGAACGAAAAGUUCAUAUACAUAAUAAACUGGAAAAUUGGUACAGUCCUUUGUGCAAUAGAUGGUUUUCGUUAUUGGGUUGUCUUGUAAAAUUGCUUAUAAUGUUUCUCGUACAUUGGGGAUACGCUAUCGUUAAUAUCGUCGUGGUAUUUCUCGUCUGGAGUUAUGUCGGUCAUGCCAACCCUGCUGUUAAACCUGGAGUUUCGGCAGAAUUUCAAUUUUUUAAAUGGUUUCGGACUGCAUUACUUAGACUUGUCGGGAGAAAAGUUUAUGAUUACGAACAAAUUGUAGUGACUCCAGUGCAUCCAGGUGUUGAAACAUGCUCGGCUCAACUAAAUGAAGAAAAUGAAGAUUUUUCAGGGAGAAGAAGAUAUCAUCAAACUGCUACUGUCACAGGUCAAUAUGUUAAUGUCGAUUAGAUAUGGAAUUAUCUACCCGAAAUCAUAAAUUACAUAUUAGAAUUUACAUAUUUUUUCAAUAUCUAUUUAGAAUACGGUCUCAUUGUCGCGAAAGCAAAUUACAAACAUAUAUGUCUAAUAUUUAAUAUGAUACUUCAAGACUUGAUAAGGAGCAGCUUGCAACAAUCUUUUAUUUUAUAAAUAAUAAUUUUUAACUUAUUUUAUAAAUAUUAAUUGCGCAAGCGGCUAAUAUAAUAAUUGAAUUUAUUUAAUGUACAUACCCAGCCAGAAAUGAAUAAUCAAAUCGAUGUCGAAUCAACGACAUCGAUUCGACGACGAUUUACCCGAUCGAUGUCGAUUCGAUAUCAUUUUUGGCUGCGUAUACACACAUUUAAAAUUUAAAUUUAUUUAAUGUGCAUAUACACACAUAAAAAUGCAGUAUAAUUGCAGCUUUCAGGGUAUUUUAACAAUCAAUGAAAUAGAUUAAAUGCAAAAUUGAUUGUAUGAAACGUACAAAGAAUUGAUGCUAGUUAAUAUUGAUGCUAGUGUUAGAUUUUUAUAAUGCAUUUACUUGUCACGAAUGCCGUGUACACAAUUGGGAUAAUCUACUUUUUUUUAUUCCCUACAAUGUCAUUCAGCUUGAUUAAACGAUUAAGAGAAAAUAUUAAUUUGACUGAUAAAUUCAGAAAAGAAUACUCUUAUAUUAUGAUAUGAAAGUAUUCUUAUACUAUUAGUAUCGAGUUUUUUUACCAUCGCGUAAAUAAUCAAGCAAUAAUGACAAUACGGCAAUUCGCGUGAAAAUACUCUGUAAAUACCUGAUAAUAUAUUUAUACAUUAUUUAA